AUGAUGAAGAUCACAAACUGGUUUAAAGGCAGGGCCUCUUCGAUUCGAAGUAGACGGUCUAGCGUGGGAGCCUCAACGGUCCUUCCUGAGCCGACACCAACCCCAGAUGUCCAAGUUCCUAUACCCUUCCCGGAGGAAAAGAUUCAAAGAUAUUGCAAAGGAGGAUACCACCCAACAAUUCUUGGAGACUUAUUCCAGAAAAGAUACAAAGUUGUCCGUAAGCUGGGGUACGGUCCAAAUUCAACAGUAUGGCUUGCUCUAGAUGAAAAGAUUGAUCGCCAUGUUGCCUUGAAAAUAUUCACUGCUACAAACUCGGACGGGAUUGGUGAAUCAAGAAGGUUGGAAACACUUAAAUACAUCAGAGAUAGUGAUUCUAAGAGUCCAGGGCGUGGUGGAAAUCUCAACUUGUUUGCCAUCUUUGCACAUCCAGGACCACAUGGGAUACACAGUUGCCUGGUGAUGGAGCCAAUGCAUCAAAAUCUCCUUGAAUUUACAGCACGCACUGAGAAUAGGAUAAUCCCUUUGGUAAUAGUCAAGGAGAUGACAAGACAACUGCUAUCGGGACUGGAUUAUCUGCAUAGAUCUUGUGACAUCACACACACUGAUAUCCAAGCCCGGAACAUUCUAGUUUCAGUCAGCGUCGAAGACUUUGAAUACUUUAUUCGCAAAUUUCUAGAAAUGAACCCACCAAGAUAUUACGGCGAUGAAUACGGCGAUCUACCAGGAUAUGCAGUUGCCUCAGAAAAGCUUCCAAUACCACUCCUUCCUCGACCAAAUCUUUUCAAGUUCAAAUUUGCUGGCUUAGGCAUGUCCCAGUAUGUAGACAAGACACUCCCUGAAAUGAUACAAGCCCCAUUCUUCCGAGCUCCAGAAGUUAUUAUCGGAGCUCCAUGGGGCCACAGUGCUGAUAUCUGGAAUUUUGGGUGCAUUAUCUUCGAACUUCUACAAGGUAGAGUCAUGUUUUGGGGGAAAGAAAACAAAGAAAAAGGAAUAACACCUGAAGAGGAUCAUCUGGGCCAAAUGAUUCAAUGCUUUGGAACUUUUCCUCUCGAACUAAUCGGUCAAGGGAAAUACUCAUAUAAGUACUUUGAUUGCUUUGGUGACCUAAUACAUGUCAAAAACCUAGCUAUGCACCCUUUCCCAUUGGAGAAGUCGCUCAGUAGAUGGAAUCCUAGUCUCUCUAAGACGGAUGUGGUGGGGUUUACACGCUUAGUUCGAUCGAUGAUGAGAUUAGAUCCCAACGAGCGCAGGACCGCUCAACUGCUGCUGAGGGAUCCUUGGCUUAACAUUCAGGAAGAGAUUGGGUAG